AGUGCCGGUGCCGCGUUGUGUGUGUGAAAUGGCUGUGCAGCCUCGUGAAUCUGACAAACAGGAGAAACAUGCAUCGUGGGACAUUCCAAUGGUGGAGAUGGAGCACAGGUUCCGUGUGGACCGGGUGGACGGCGGGGUGACGGACGACGAUGCUGCUUCGGGGACCGAGGACGAGGAUGAUGUUCCAGGAAAUUACACCAGGAGUUUCCGACACAUCACUAGGGAGGCUCUCCCUCGGCUAGACAACUACAGGAACAUCCUGUCCAUCCAGGCCGUCUACAGACCUACCCUGGACGAGCUGCACAACCCGCCGACGGGCCAUCACAAGGCCACAGUGAUCCAGAUGAAUGGGAAGACGCAAGUUGCUGAGAGUGAAGCGGCCAUCAAGUUCGGAUGGAUCAAAGGAGUCCUGGUGAGGAACCUCCUCAACAUCUGGGGUGUGAUGCUGUUCCUCCGUCUCUCCUGGGUAGUUGGUCAGGCCGGCAUACUUGAAGGCAUAUUUCUGAUCCUCUCCACGACUGUCGUGACUGGCAUCACUUCUCUGUCUAUGUCUGCCAUCUGCACCAACGGCUUGAUCAAAGGAGGUGGAACUUACUUCAUGAUCUCAAGAUCUCUCGGUCCAGAGUUUGGAGCUUCUAUCGGCCUUAUCUUCUCGCUAGCCAAUGCCGUUGCUUGUGCUAUGUACACUGUGGGCUUCUGCGAGUCACUGCUGGAUCUGCUUCGGAUGUACGAGGUUUCCAUUGUGGAUGGAGGUGUGCAAGACAUGCGGAUUAUCGGGUGUGUCACUAUUCUUCUUCUUCUCUGCAUUGUUGUUAUAGGCAUGGAGUGGGAAGCCAAGACUCAGAUGGGGCUUCUCGUCAUACUAGUGCUGGCAAUUGCAGAUUUCUUCAUUGGCUCUUUCAUCGGCCCAAAGAGUGAUGAGGUCAAAGCUAAAGGAUUCCUUGGUUUAAGUGUUUCACUGGUCAAAGACAACCUCAUGUCUGAUUACCGCCCAGUCAAAGGUGAAAAUCAUGAUUUCUUCUCGGUGUUUGCUGUAUUUUUCCCGGCCGCUUCUGGGUUUCUAGCUGGUGCCAACAUUUCAGGGGAUCUGCGUGAUCCUACUGGAGCUUUGCCCAAAGGAACGAUUCUCUCAAUCGUUAUUACAACCACGUCGUACGUUGUAAUGGCGUUCAUGAUGGGAGCCUCAGUAUUGAGGGACGCAAGUGGUAAAGUAGAAGAAUACUUCGCUGGUAACUUCACUGACUGCGCUACUCGUAAAUGUGAUUACGGCCUUCAGAACAACUUCCAGGUAGUAGAGCUAGUCAGCGUGUUCGGUCCGCUCAUCUUCGCCGGAUGUUUUGCGGCUACUCUCUCCUCAGCCCUCGCAAGUCUUGUCUCGGCACCAAAGGUGUUCCAGGCUCUGUGCAAAGACAAACUCUACCCGUACGUAGAAUUCUUCGGCAAGGGAUACGGCAAGAACCACGAGCCGAUACGAGGAUACGUGUUGACGUUUUUCAUCGCCAUAUGUUUGAUCUUGGUUGGUGACCUCAACGCAAUUGCACCGUUGAUUUCCAACUUCUUUUUGGCUGCGUACGCACUUAUCAACUUCAGUACAUUCCAUGCAUCACUUAUAAAACCAAUUGGUUGGAGACCUACAUUUAAGUACUACAAUUGCUGGCUGAGUCUGCUAGGUUCUGUGUUGUGCUGCGUAGUCAUGUUCCUAAUCUCCUGGGCUAUGGCCCUUUUUACUUUCGCAGCCAUGCUCACGCUGUACCUUCUAGUAGCUUACAGAAAACCAGACGUCAACUGGGGCUCAAGCACACAAGCCCAGAUCUACCACAGCGCUCUAGCCUCGGUACACCAGCUGAGCAGAGUGGAGGAUCACGUCAAGAACUACCGCCCUCAGAUACUAGUGUUCUGCGGACUACCGAGCACUCGACCUCCGCUCAUUGACUUCGCCCAUCUCAUCACCAAGAAUGUCUCCUUGCUGGCUUGCGCUAACAUUAUCAAAGUUCCAGUGUCACAGAAGGUCCAGAUGUUGCUAUCCCACAAAGCUCGCAGCUGGUUGCUGAGCCACAAGAUCAAAGCGUUCUACUCGCAGAUCGACGGCUGCGCCUUCCAAGAAGGAGCUCGAGCACUCAUGGCGGCUUGUGGCCUCGGCAAACUGAAACCGAACAUCGUCUUGCUUGGGUACAAGUCUGACUGGGCUACGUGUGACCGAACUGAGCUCACAAUGUAUUUCAACACUGUUCAUAAGGCUUUGGACUUGUACCUCGCAGUGGCUAUUCUGCGAGUGCAAGAAGGCCUGGAUUACUCCAAGAUACUUGCGGAUGAGUUUCCUCAUUGUGAGCUGAACGGAGCAAUCCCAGAAUCCCCGGCGUCCAGCCCUGUCAAACAACCGUCUGAACCAAUCACAAGAGACCAGUCAUACUCAGAUCUAUCUCAGGAAGUUGAAAGUAGCGGAAGUGAGCUGUCGGCUCCUAACAGUCCGAGAAGUCCUCGGGUUAAGACAAACGGAAUAAGCAGCGAGAGCAGGAAAAAGAAGGAAUCAAGAACUGAUCUCUUCAGAGGAAUUAAUGGGAAUAAGUUGUCUAAAAAUGUGAUCAACAACUUGACUCAAUUUCAAAGGAAACAAAAGAAAGGGACAAUUGAUGUUUGGUGGCUUUACGAUGAUGGAGGUUUGACAUUGUUGCUGCCUUACAUUAUCUCUACUCGACGCAACUGGGAGAAUUGUAAACUAAGAGUCUUCACGAUCGCAAAUAAAAAAGACGAACUUCAGUUUGAACAGCGAAACAUGGCAAGUCUCCUAGCUAAGUUCCGAAUCGACUAUUCUGAUCUUAAGGUUAUCACAGACGUCACGAAGAAACCUCAAGACUCCACAGUGGCUUAUUUUGACGAACUUAUAAAAAAUUUCAAAGCUACAGAUGAAAAAAGACACUCAGCCUCGAUAUCAGAAGCAGAACUUGUGGCGAUGACGGAGAAGACGAAUCGCCACCUACGUCUGCGUGAACUACUGCUUGAAUACUCUUCCACAGCAAACUUGAUCGUUAUGACACAACCGAUGCCAAGAAAGAACGUAGAGAGCGCAACGCUGUACAUGGCAUGGCUCGAGACUUUGACAAAAGACAUGCCUCCGUUUCUUCUCGUCAGGGGUAACCAGCAGUCAGUGUUGACAUUCUAUUCGUAAUCAACUGAUUGUUGAGGAAAAGCUCUCUAGGACUACAGCUGUUGUUACAGCUUUUAUCUCCAUUGCAUUGAAGUUGACAGUUAAAAUCCCCCUUAAUUUGAAUCAAAUAGGCUUUUCUCCACUGUAUUUAGAUAUAGAGAAUUCUUGAAGGGGUAUUUCAGUGGCGGCUAGUGCGGCAGUAUCGUACUGACUUCUGUAAAGCUUUAGUUAUUAUGAUUUCUACAAUGUUGUUGUUGCUGCAAACAAAAGGACCUUAAACAUGGAUUAUACAUACAUCACUGUAAAUUUAUCAUGAUUACGAAUCAGCUCAAAACAGUUUUAACAUUAGUUCUGUUUGGAUUAUGAAGAAGGUAUCUUGUUAGGUAUUUGGUUGAUUUUUUUACAUGCAAACCAUAGAAUUUACUUUGAUUUUUAAUGUCAGUCCUUAGUAUCUAGGUACGGUACCUCUGAAAAUAUAUUAUCCAGUUCCAUUAGUAAAUCGUAAAUAUUUUCUUGGCUGGUAAAAUAAGGGUUUAAAAUAUUUUGUAAGCAUAAAAAUUUUAAAAAAAGUACAGUAUAUUUGAAUACUAUAUUGUUCAAAACCAUAUUAAUAAUUAAUUUAUGAUUACAUUGUAUUAUUCUGAGUGACUUUCUACUCCAUAGUCCACACGGACCAGCUGCCACUCGUUUUGUUUUUCUUUCAAAAAAUGGCUGUUAUAACAAUUUUGCUAGCUUUGUGAUUUAUAGCUUUAUGUAUUGUUUUUAUCUCGCCUUUGUAACUCUUUUAUGAGUUCAAAUUUAUGAAAGAAAUUUAGAUUAAUAUCUUGUAUAACAUGUUAAUCAAACUGUCGACUUGUAAUAAUUGAAAUGUCAAUUGAAACCAUUGUUUUGUUUCUGCAAUACUUCAGGGGAUUUGUUAGUUCACAAACCUAAAAAAAUUACUACUAUUUAUAAGGGAAUAGUUGUCAACAAAAGUAAUGGAUUGAGAGAAAUCAAAAUAAAGUAAUGAAAAUAGUUUAUAUUUUUAUUAUUAUAUAGUAUUUUAAAUAAAUAAUCAGUAUUAUGAGUGUAGUUUUUUAUAUUAUUAU